AUGGAGGUUUUAGUGGGUCCCACUUUCACCAUAGAUGUUCCUCCAACUCCAUCUCCGCCGCCUUCCGAUCAGACCGACCGCCGCCUCUUCAUAAAUGAAGAUGAAGUUCCGGCAACUUUCCGGAUCUCGGGACCACCGAAGUUUUUCGGCGGCGGUUCGCCGGAAAGUUCGUCGUCCAUCGGGAGUCCCGAUGAUAGUGACAACGAUGAAGAAGUGCAGAGUCAGAUGAAGACAAGAAGUGGAUUGGGUUCGUUGGAUUCUCUAGAAGACUCUCUCCCCAUCAAGAGGGGAUUAUCGAGUCAUUUUGAAGGAAAAUCAAAGUCAUUCACAGAUCUAUCACAAGUAAGAAAUUUAACCGAAUUGCGAAAGCAAGAGAGUCCUUUCAACAAGAGAAGAAGGGUUCUGAUUGCUUCUAAAUUUUCGAGGAAAUCGUCUUUCUAUUCAUGGUCAAACCCUAAAUCCAUGCCUCUUUUUCCUGUGAAUGAGGAUCAUGAUGAUGAUUAUGGUGAUGGUUAUUAUGAUUAUGAAGAAGAGGAAAAGAUCAGAAAAGUUUCAUCCUCUUCGUCUUCUUCUUCCUUGGGAGAGGAGAAGAAACAAGAAGAUCAAGUUCAGAUUGGUCAUGGUAGAAUGCAUGAAUCUUAUGCGGCUGAAAUGAGGCUUAGACUUAGGAGCUUUAAGUCAAGAAGCUUUUCUCUUGCAGAUCUACAAGAACAUGAUGAUGAGGAAGAUGAUGAAGAUGGAGAUGAUUAA